GCAAUGUUCAAUACAAGAGAACUAAAGAACCUAUUGUAAACUGUCAGCCAUUGUUUGGAUAAUUAAAGGAAAGUAAAAUGAGGAGAUUCAAGAUCAAAUGAUAUAUUUAACAAACAGACUUUCAGCUAUGUGGGGGUAUACUACAAACAAUGUAUGGGCUUUAUCCAGAUCUGAUUAAAAGAUCAGCAGAAAAAUAUUCUAUAUUUCACUGACAGACUUUAUCCUUAAAGCUUAAAUACUCAAAGUUUAGUUAUACAUGCAGUGACAUUUAAAUAUGCAUGUUCAGACAUAACAAAGGAAAAUGUUGAAGGGUGGACAGUUUUCUUUAAAAUUGUAAUGGAUAUAUAAAACUACUGCUAUUCACUGAUGAAUCGUCCAUGUUCAUGAAAAGAUAAGACGAGACUGAGAUAAUGUAUAGCAAACCAAAAGGAUUGUAUGUGAAACAAAGAGAUCGUCCUGUGCGAAGACUCUCGCCAAGGUCUUCCGACGACUAUGGAUUUGAAAGCCCUAGAAGCAAUCCUGAUGGGAGAAUGUCGCCAGAAGUUCACGUUGAAAGCUUUGGUGAAGGUCAAAUAAAUGCAGGAAUUGAACCUCUUUGGCCUAAAGACUUUGAACAUGAUGACGGUUAUUCUGGAUGGGUUAGCAGUGAGCAGGGACCUACCACGUCAACAGCUAGAGAUAAUUAUCCUAAUCGUGCACAGCAGUAUAUGGUAAACAGCAACUCUUACCAAGAUCUUGUUCGUGCUAAAUAUAUAACAGUGCCUGAGCCAAAAAAUGCAACUGGUACAAAGGAAAGAGCUAUUGCAACAAGGGAGAGUUCAGCCAAAAAGAGAAGUGUACAUGGCAGUGUGCGAAGCUUUACACAAAUGAUGGAUGACCCAGACUUCCCUCUAGCACCAAAUCCCGUCAACCACGUUAAGCCUGUGGCACGUGUUACUGGAACACAUCGAGGGCAUUUUAAUAAAACUGUUGCCCGAGCUUCAGCCAAACAAUCUCAUAUCGCUACAGUGCGCAUCAACAGAAAACAUCAUACCGUAAAAGGGGUAAAAGGUCAUAUGGCAACCAUCAAAGCAAUUCCAAGAGACGGAGCUAUUCAUACAGUUAAAGGAUAUCAUUUUGGACAUAACGCAACAGUGCGAGCACAUAAUACUGGACAUGUAAUCAAAAACUUAAAACAUGCUGUGUCCUCUUGGGAUAAACCAGACGGAACUUUCAAAAGAAAUACAUAUGCUGUGGAUAGAAAGGAGUACUUUAUAAGUGAGUUUGCUAUAGAACUUGAUCGACCAGACCAUGAAUCUUAUUCCCCAGGUGACACGUUAUCUGGACGUAUAAUUCUAGAAGCUCUUUCUAACAUAGAAAUACGUUUUGUUGAACUGUUGAUUAUUGGACUGGCUAGUGUUCACUUUGCAAAGCAUGAUUCACAAGGGGAGAAAACUUCCCAAGAAAUCAUAGUCAGUAAACGUUCAUAUGUAAUGGGGACACCAGAUGGUAGGUGGAAUUCUGUAAUCACUGCGGGGAAAUAUGUCUCACGUUUCAAAUUCAAACUUCCAGAAAACUUACCUUCUACAAUCAAAUAUGAAAACAAAGAAAAUGGAUUUAGUUUUGAAAUUGGAUAUCUUGUGAAAGCGAGGAUCUGUGAUGAGAUGGGUUCUUCGUCACUACGAAGUACACACUCCACAAAUGACUUUGUGAAAGUUCUUCUCACACGACGAUUUCCUUUCAUGGUGAGAAGUUCAUUUGAUAUAAACAUGAUACCAAAGGCCUUGCAACCUGUUAACCAUUCAGAACUUAUUAAUGUUAACUGCAUCCCUGUCUUUAUGGAUUCUGCGGCAGUCACACUAGCACUAGAUCGUUCUGUAUUUAUAGCAGGAGAUGAAAUCCGCAUCAAACUCAUAACAUCAAGUAGUACAUCUCAUAAAAUAAAAUCUCUGACCUGUGACCUUCAAUUACGUGUAAUGUCAUCUGUGAAACCACGGCAGACAUUCACAGUUGUGCAAAUUUAUGAUGAUAAACCACAGGGCAUUCUGUUCAAGGAAAAAUCGCAAAAUCUGGUACUAUUUGAGUUUAUUGUUCCAACUCAAACAAAUUUCAUCCCAUCGUUCUUGUCUGGUGUAAAAAUGGUCAAACUAUCAUACGUGAUUAUGAUGACCAUUAAGUUCAAAACCUGCUCUGGAAAGUUGUUCCUGGAAUGUCCCAUUGGAAUAGGACCAUGUACGGAUCCGAAGAACUUAAACAAGUUAAAUGUUGUUCCAGUUUUCAACAGACCAAUGAGGUUUCCACAUUUUUCCAGAGAUAAUCAAGUGAUGAUGGCUCCCAAAACUCAAAAUGGGACAGCACACACUGUUGGUAAUGGGAAGCAGGUGAAAUCUGUCUUCAAAUCCAAAAGCAGUCAGCUUCUAUGCUGUUGUACAGAUGACAGUGAUCUAUAGAGUGGCACCUAGUGUAUCAAUUAUAUAAUAACCUCAUAGUUUAUGUAUAAGACAAUGUUCAGCUUUAUAGCACAAAUCCCAAAUAUAUAGAAACCAAGAGAAAUUUUUUCAAUACGAAUGUGUGGUCUGAAUAUUCAGAGCUAACUUUCCUAUUAGCUAUUUUCACCAUUUUCUAAAACAAAUUUAAUUUGACAACACAAGUUUUAAUUUGGCUACAAUAUUUCUUGCCAGUGUAAUGCUAUUUUGAUAAAAUUUCGUAUAGAAAUUUGAGAAUCAUACUUAUUUGGCUAAAAGAAAUUAUUUUCAGCCAGUUCAGCCCUGAUAUAAGUUCCAACUUGUUUUCUACAAAUAGUGAAUACUUAUUUGAUCAAUUAUUAUGAAUUAUUAUAAUUAUGCUUCUAGUAUGCAUAUAUACAGUCAGAUCGUUGUGUACCAGUAAUGUUUUUGUCACUAUAUAUAACAAUAUUAAUAUAUAUGUUUGCUUUGCUGGAAUCCUGUAACUACUUUAUCAUAGUCUUGACUUGUCUUUAAAACAAUUAGUUGCUAAAAACUUCACACCCUGGACAACCAGCUACAUUUAUAUAUAUCAUGGUCUGGUGUUCAAUUUCUUUAUUUUACCAUAAUUGUGAUGAAAUAAAACAGCAUACUAAUUAAGACAAAGAAUGGUGUUUUCUGAAUCAAUACCAAAUGGCAUAAAAUUUAACCUACAAUUAAGUUCUAAGAUUGAAAUGCCCAAAAUUUAUUAUUAAUGUCAUAUUCUCCAGUCCAUAUUCUACUCUUGCUACAAUUUGAAGAACAGAUUUUAGGUGCCUCAGGUAUGCUAAAUAUAAAUUUUGUAAGCUUCAAAUAUGCAUAGUUCCGUCUGACCUUAUAUGACUGUUUGCAUGAACUAGUUUCCUCAAGUAGUAUAAUACAAUACAUUAUUCAACAUACUGAAUUAACCUGCAAUAUACAUAUUGAUUCGGUCUAGCAUAAUAAUUUAAGCCUUUUUUAAAACAGGAAAGCAAAUAUUUUACAAGGUUUGGCAAACAUAACCUGCCAAAAAACUGACACUAAGGUAUUUUUGUAUUUUUGUAAUCCUAAUACAUGUAUCAAUAAUGUAACAGCUCAGGUGGUACAUGAUUUUGAUGAAUACUGUAUUUAAACUAAAUUUUCAGUUUUGAAUUGAUGUAAUUUUACUGUUUGAAGUACUUUGACAGAGUUUUAUAAUUUCUUACAGAAGUUGUAAUUUAUGUGUAAUUUAUAUUAUCUUUAUUAACUCUUAGCCUGCUUGUGACAACAGAAUAUAUCCAGUGCAGACCAAGAUCAGAGAGCACACCCCUAACUUCUGAUCAUGCUAUAUUACAAAAUUGUCCCUUUAGCAGAUAAUGGUUUUGUCCAGAUUGAAAUGAUGGGCAAGUCUAUUUAAGAUAUUUAGCCUGGUAAUGGUUAAUAUUUUCUUGAAUAUUUUCUCAACCAUGUCUUACAGACACACAAUCUAUGAAUAUUACAGGUGUAUAUCUAUGUAAAUUUAUACUGCAUAGAUCUACAAACAUUACUUUUAAAU